AUACGUAAACUUUUUUUCCCUUUCUCCACCCGCUGCUGGUUACCAGCGAAUCUUCCUAUUUUCUUGUUCAUUUCUUGUGCGGGACCUGGCAAAAUGGAAAGAUGGGCACCGCACCACCCUCAGCUCGACACUAGGUCGCAUUUCAACAUGACGCUCAACACCACGGCAGCCAACACAAACACCUCGUGGAUGUCCAACAGCAGCACGCGAUCCAUCAUCGCUAGCCUCCAGCUCGCCCAAGUCCAGACCCUGCGAACCAUGCAUAUGACCUUGGGCGCCUUCAGUCUGGCCAUGUUGAUGUUGACUGUCUUGCGUAUCGUGUCGGAUGCGAAGAGAGCGGCCGCGUUGGCGACUCCUCUGAGAAAACGUCGAUUCAGCGCCCUCUCCAACGUCCAUCCCGCUGAGACAUUCCCACUCGUACUGGCUUGCGGGGCGGUUAUACAGCAGAUUUUCUUUGUAUCAGUGCAGAGCACUGCCCUUAGUAGUGUUUUAUCAAACAACUGUCGAGGAUUGGCCAUGAUCACUUUCCCCGCAAUCUUUCUCAUGGGCUACAUCACCCUCGUCUUUGGAAUCGAAAUGACCGUCAGAGCCUUUGGCUAUGAUAGGUUCGCCCCCCGCGGCAAAUGGAACUCAACCAUUUGCGUUGCCAUCGUAGCAGGCCUGGAACUCGUUACCUGGAUGCCCACCGUUGCCUGGCCUGCGCCCAAUGUUUGCUUUGGAGGUCUGAUCUGGUUCCCAGUCAAAUACGAGGUCAUUGCGAUGGGCAUCCUCAUCGCCAUGGUCUCACUCCUUCUGAUUUUGGCUGCCAUGAUCAGCAUUCAAUUGAUGCGAACGGCAAACGUGGACCCCAACGAGCGCAUUGCAGCCUCGAGAAUGUGCUACUUCAUGCUGAUGGCUGCAGUGGUUUAUAUAUUGGUGAUCCCCGUCGAGGUGCAAGCUCACCGCAAGGACUUCAUGAACACUCUGACCAGCUCGCGAGUCGCCGAAAUCGCCCUCUUUACUUCGGGAAUGGUUAUCACCUUCUUCCAUCUGUUCCUCCGCGUGAACGCAACUCGAUUGAUGAUCCAGCCCGUCAACGAAUCCAAAACCGUACCUAAGCAGAACCGCCCCAAGAUUCGAUUAUUUGGCCCUAGCGAUUUGGAGAUGAACAUCAGCGGACCCAUUGGUCUACAAGGCGGUCGUCGCCCCGAGAGCCGCCAAGGACUCAUCGAUGUCGGUCCCGAAAAGAACCGCUUCGACUUCGAUCCCGAAUACUUUGUACGCCCCGACCGCCCCCUCACUCCUGCCUCAGUCAACUCCAAUCUUCCUGUCGACCCCACCAAGUGGCCUCUGCCCCCAGACCCGGUACAGACUAGCUACGCGCAGCAGAAGGAAGGCCUCCAUAGGCGCAGCAAAUCCAACUACUCCUUGUUCCCUACCCGGGCCGAAGACGUUCCCCGUCUCCCAGCCACCGUCUACUCUCCCGACAAGCCCACUCCCAGCAAAUCUCCAUUCUCCAGCCUUGCCAUCCGGCGUCAAAACCGCCGAAGCUCUCUUGGAGAUACUAAAUCAGUGACUGACGUUAACGAAGCGUUUGGUUUCCUUGCGAAACCUGCUCCGCUUUUUGCUGGACGACACAACCGCGGAGACAGCACUGCGAGCAGCGCGACUGUGGAGAUUGGUCUUCGGUUCUCUGUCGCACCGGCUACACUUGCAGCAGCCAAGUACACCAAAGCAGAGCGUCCAGGGGAAUCAUCCAGUCUUCGUCAGCCUCUUGGUCAGGAAGGGAGCAACUCUCCUGUCCGGUCCCCCACCACACGCAUAUCACCCGCGAAGGACGCCGCUCUGGAGAAGAAGCUCAACUCGUAUGAGUUUCCAAACCCGUCUCCAGCCCAUGCAAGCCCUGUCCGAGAACACAUUUUCCCGGUGCUCUCCCCCGCUACGUACCUCCAGGAUCAGCGUGAAAAGAUCCUUCCACCAACACCCCCAGUUGCAGCAGCAACAGCAACAGCAACAGCACCUCAGCCAGUCGCUACUACAAGCGGACUGAGAAUGAAUCCCAUAACUCCUACAAGUCCGCCUAUAAAGUCACCAUCACCGACCAGUUCCGGCCGAAGCUCGCCCAUGUCCAGCAGAUCAAGGUCCCCGACAGCACCAUCGCCCACUGCUCGGAUACCCCUUGGUGCCGGCACUAUGGCGCGCAGCCCGCAGCAGAACGGCUGGAUAUGA